AUGAAGUUCCUAUAUUCUGCUUCCCUGAUGAGCCUAUUUACCUUGGCCUUAUCAAAAUGCAAAUACGUGUGCCCGGGCGGUUACGAAAUUACCGAAGAAAAGUUAUUAGUCGUAACCGAUAAGGUCGACCGGAACCCCAAGAAAAAGCACGACACAAUAUGGAAGACCGAAACUUCAAUACACGUCAUGUUCGAUCUCGAGAAAACGAAGAUUAAUAACACCGAAUAUUUAAUCACAGGUCAAAUUUAUACACCAAAAAACAUAACCUGGUUAUAUGAGACUGAGAUUGAGACCGGCAAAAAAAGCUACUGCGACAUUAUCGAAGUGAACGAAGAAGACGAACUUUCUUAUGAUGAAUCCUUCGAGGCAGAACUUUCCGAUGAUGAAUCUGAAGAGAAGGAUCUUUCCGAUGACGAAUUUGAAGAGAAGGACCUAUCCGAUGAUGAAUCUGAAGAGGACCUUUCCGAGCUAAAAUCCAAAACUAAUUAA